ACAGGCAUCACAGGCAGGCAUAGGCAUACGCCGAGGACAAGAAAAAUGUCCAGUGUCCUGAAAACCAUCCACGGAUUUAAAAUAAGUUACCUUAUUCAUCUAGUGUUCCUUUGGUAUGUCCAAGAUAGCUUUCUUUCGAUGCACAAUUCUGUCUAUUCAGGAUACCAGCAUUUUGUACCCAUGUUGUCUAAACUGUUUUUCAAGAGUUGACUUAACGUCUGGGUCAAACGGGCAGAUCUCUAGAUGGAUUUGUAUUAAAUGUGGAAGAGACACUGAGUCUGCUGGGUACAGAUACAGGCUAUCGCUCCGGGUGUCCAAAGACUGUCAUGUGCUCGGAGUGACUGUGUUUGGGAGCUGCCUGGAUUCCUUCUUUGGCGUACCAGCAGGACAGUUCCACAGAUAUCUGGAUGCUUCUAAAGAAAGCAGAGGGGUCCAGAUGACCGAGGGGCUGCUCAGGAGAUCCCUGGACGACUGCUUUGUUGGAAGAUGCGUGCUUUUAGGAAUCAAGUUGCCAGGCAACAUUGGAGAUCAUAGACCACCAGGCAGGCUGCAGUCUCCAGUUCAGUGGCCCAGUGCGGAGAGGGGGACCUCGGAGCAGUACAUUGCAAGUAAGAUCGCUCUGCCAGGCGAGGGGGUCUUUGGUUGUACCGUAGUGCAAUACUUCCAGAGUCUCCUGCGUGUGUGUGGACCCUCAGAGGGUAGCUGCUCUCAGGAGGCCUCACGGGACUCUGAUCAGAGCAGUUACCAUGACUACUCGCAGCUCUGUUCUGGGGGAUCGUACUUAAAUUUGAGCGAGGCGGCCAAUGCUUCCUUCCCCUUACCUCUGCUGCGCUCGCCGGGGUUGAGCAGCGCGUCCGUGGACUCACCUGAACCUUCUGUCUCGGGAGACCUGGGUGAGACGUCUAGGACCGACAUCUCUGAUGUCUCUGCUGCCGUGGCAACAUGUAGCUGCUGUGAGGGACGUCACGGCCAGAAGUGUCAGGGGUCAGUCAGCCAGGAGUCAGGCUACAGUGAAACAUACAGAGACAAAGAACCGACUGGAACCUUUUCUCCAACGUCGUGUAUACCAGUCCGAUCAUCAGUUGGUUCUACAUCUCAAUCUUUUUUCCUUGAUGAACUGUUAGCUUAUUCGUUUACAGGACAGGACAAACUCUUGGCCGAGUCUCUGUCUUGUCCCUCUGGUCCCAGAUCUUUGGCCAAUCAGAACCUAGUGCCCGCCAGAGAGAGUUCCUAUGAGGCCGACUCCUUGGAGCCGGCCUGUAGCUUCGACAGUCCGACAGACACGGCCACCACACCAGAGCACCUCAUCUACGAGGACGCCGAAGAAGAGUACAACUAUUCCGCUGAGCUUUUCGACGUGUCCGUCGGUCUGGACAGACACGACUUUCAGCGAUCCGAGCAGGUCGGACGCAGACCUCGGACAUCUGUGGCUCUCCGCUCCAUGAAGUCGCUUCUGGCUCCGGUCUCCCAGUCCACUCCCGUUUGUGGCAGAAGGGUUCCAGGGAAGGGGCGGGUCUGUAAAGAAGCGUGGGAAUCAGGAAGUAGGACGGACGGUCAGACUGACCGCUGCGUUGGAGAUGACCGCUGCUGUGUUGCAGCGUUAGCCACUGGACUGCCAACGGAAGAUGCUGAUUGGUCCAAAGACCUUUUUGUUGAUUGAUACAAAGACUGAUAAUAAUGAGAAUGAUAAUAUUAAUAAUGAUGAUAAUGAUGAUGAUUAUAGUCCUAUCAUGAUUUGAAUUAUUCACAGUUGUGCUGUGAUAUUUAUUAUCAAGCUGAAAAUAACAUUUGUUAUGAUUAUGUAUAAUUUGUAUGAAAUGAAUGGACAUUCUGUUUGAAUGAAAUGAAAUGCUACAUUGCACAAUAAAAUGAACACUAAUUGCUU